AUGGACGAUCAAAGUAUCAAAUCGACUACCCUUGACGAAAUUAAAUCUGUAUACGAAACGGGCGUAAAAUUUGCUAAGAAAAGCUAUUAUGAACGCACAUUAUUUUAUUAUCAACAAGCUGCAACUCAAAUCCAAUCGAUACAAGAGAGCAGCGAGAGUCGUCUUUAUCUUGAAUAUGAUCUUUAUCUCGACAUGGCUAACUGUUAUCUAAAAGAAAAUGAAUUGAUGAAAGCUAGUCUUCGGAGAGAAAUAGCUGACAUAUUAAAACAACUUGGUGAUGAUCAUCUCGAAAUUGCUACAUUAUAUGGCAACAUCGGACUUGUUUAUAGUAAGCAAGGCAAGUAUGAUGAGGCCCUAUCUAUGUAUAACAAAUCACUCAAAAUUAAAUUAGCCCAUCUUGGCAAUAAUCAUCCAAGUAUUGCAACAGUAUACAAUGGAAUUGGGCUAGUUUAUUAUUAUCUAGGCAAAUAUGAUGACGCACUAUCAGUAUACAAGGAAUCGCUGAAAGUUGAACAAGCGCAACUUGGUGAUAAUCAUCCAAGAAUUGCUACAACAUGUAACAUUGGACUUACAUAUUAUAAGCUAGACAACUUCAACGAUGCACUAUCCAUGUAUAAGAAAUCUGUUCGAAUUCGCUUAGCAACACUAGGCGAAAAUCAUCCUGAUACGGCACUUUCCUUUCGAAAUCAAGCUCAAGUCAACUAUCAGCAAUCUAAUUAUCGUCAAGCAAUCUCGUUCUAUCAAAAGUCCAUCAAUAGCCUUCGCCAUCUCUAUGGAGAAAAUCACCCUCAAAUUGUCAAAGAUGAAAAACAAAUUGUUCAAUGUCACCAUCAACUAUAA